GCUGAAAAUGGUCCGGCCCAUGAGUACGAGAAAAAAUACAUGUUCUUCCGGUAGCUUCAGGCUCUCGGGUCGAAAGCACGAUAGCAGAACGGCGGAAACUUGUUUGUUUCCCUGGAAAAUAGUGAGAGAAAAAGAGGCAUGGCAUCAAGAGCUGCAGCAACACCGCCAUACCCGAGUGCGGCAAGAAUCGCCGAUUCUCCGUGCUACCCUCAGUACACUGCCUCUCUCAAAUGCUCGGUUCUCAGGUCUGGAAGAAAAUGGCUCAGAGGACAAGAGUAAAUGCCAAGAACAUUUUGAUGUUUACAAGGAAUGCAAGAAAAAGGAGAGGGAAGCUCGUUUGGAACGCAACAAGAGUCGCUCCUUCUUCUCAUGAAAUCCCUUUUGAGAUUUUCUUCCUCAUUUCUAUGGAGCUGAAAUUUGUAAGUUACUAGGGGGUUUGAUCAUUUUCUCCUGUGCCAUUGCUAUAGAGUUCAACAGAAUCUCAACAAAAAAUCUGUAUAAAUCUGACUAUCUUAUGGAAUAUAGAAAGUCAAUACAAUGUUCUUUUAUUGUGUUCAAUAAUGGCAACCAUGUUUGAUUUGGCUAGUUGG